AUGCCUGUACCUAUAGAUCUGAUACUUGUUAUCAUAGCAACAAUAAUUUCACAUUUUGCAGAGUUCGAAAGACGUUUCGGGAUUCACGUAGUCGGGGAUAUUCCGUCUGGGAUGCCAGUGCCACGUGUACCAAAUUUAAGCGUCUUGGGUAGAAUAGGUCAAGACAGCUUUAUAAUAGCUAUACUGGCUUUUGCUAUGACAAUAUCCAUGGCAAAGCUUUGUGCCGCUUUGCAUGACUAUGAAAUAGACAGCAACCAAGAGUUGGUAGCCUACGGAGCAACCAACCUGCUCGCGUCAUUUUUUCAGUGUUUUCCAAUGUGUGUUGCGCCACCAAGAACCAUGAUCCUAAGUUCACUUGGUGCCAGAUCUACACUUAAUGCGAUUCCAGCUGCCAUCUUUAUUCUGGUAGUUUUGCUCGUGGCGGGUCACCUCUUUGUCUCUCAUGAAUACCAGUCCUAG